CUAAUUCUCAGGAGACUGGAUUGUCCUAGCUGGAUGAUCUGGACCCAAAGCAUUCACCCAACACACAUGCAUAGAGGCAACCUAUCUUGGCAUGCUGCUGGGGACCUUGCAGAGAGGGCAGAAGGGGAGCCCGUCAGCAUUCUUGGCCUCAUCCUUGGCGUCAGUCUCUCCCUCUUGAUCCUUGGUGUCCUUAGCUAUGUCAUUGCAAAGUGGUACCAGGAAGGACGCUGCUGGAACAGGCCUAAUUUUGUCUUCAACCUUUACCAUAUCCGCAACCUGAAAUCGGUGGAGGUGGAACUGGCCCCUCCCUUCACCAUCAGUGGCUCCAUGCGUGAAGCAGGAAGUGGCUACGUGCGGUUCCACGACAGAGGCACAUAAGUCUGAGGAGCUGCCAACUCUGAAUCUGGUCUCAGUGACUCUCUUUCGCAGCAAGAUCUUGGAGCUCAGGCAACUGCUUCUCCAAGGAGUCUCCCAGGAGUCUUGGACCAGCUAGACAGCAGUAGCCAUUGGGCAUAUGGCUGCUUGGGCAGGUUGGUCGUGGUGCUGCUCCACCCAGACUACCACUCUUGGUGCCAUCUCGUCACACCCUGCACAGCUCAAGGGUCUGGGCAAUGUGUGUGUGUAAAAUGGGAGAGAGUCUUUUCAGCUAUUCCUGGCUUUCUGUGAGAGAGGUUGCAGGACUUUUGACACAUUCCCUAAACAACCACUUAUAGGGAGCAGGGCUGGAGUACGUUGGAAUCUCUGGGUAGGUCUCAGGAGAUUGUGCAAGCAUCCAGAUGAAACCAGAAGUUUGCAGAAAAUCCCUCUGCUCUGCCAGAAGCUGUCAGGGGGCCUCUGGGUUCUGUGCAGCUGCCCCAUGUGGAGAGGCACAGAAGUGCAGGUUGCCAUGUGUUUAGUGGUAAAUUUACUGCCCUAAGCUCUGCCUACCCAGGCUGGCAAUUGAACCUCCCUGGAGAAGGAGAGGGUUGCCGUUUUGCCUUCCUAGGUACUCUCUGGUUCUGACUCCAUCCCAGGAUUUCCACUUGCUGGCUCCUUGGUUCUGGUUCCUGGUUGUUGUUC